CUUUGCAGCUCUUUUGGUCGUAACGAGAAAUGCUACUCUUUGUUAAGUAAAGUGGUGAGAAAUCUCGCUCCAAUUAAAGAUCAGUUGAUUUGAAAGGUCGGUAUCGCCUCAGCUGAUGACAUUGGCUUCUGCGACGUAAGAAACUGGUAACAGUUUGCUUGCAAGACUACUUAUUUCGUAGUUAGCUAACACUAGCGUGUUAGCUGCCUAGACAACAGCUGCAGUUCGAAAGGAUGUCGCUUCACGGCAAGAGAAAAGAGAUCUACAAAUACGAGGCGCCAUGGACGGUGUAUGCGAUGAACUGGAGCGUCCGCCCAGACAAACGCUUUCGGCUAGCGCUGGGAAGCUUUGUGGAGGAAUACAACAACAAGGUCCAGCUGGUGGGUCUGGAAGAAGAAAGCUCAGAGUUUGUCUGCAGAAACACAUUUGACCACCCGUAUCCCACCACCAAGAUCAUGUGGAUCCCAGACACCAAGGGGGUGUACCCCGACCUGCUGGCCACCAGCGGUGACUACCUGCGCAUCUGGAGGGUCAGUGACACAGAAACACGCCUUGAAUGUUUGCUGAACAACAACAAGAACUCCGACUUCUGUGCUCCCCUUACCUCCUUUGAUUGGAACGAAGUUGACCCCAACCUGCUUGGCACUUCCAGCAUUGACACCACCUGCACCAUCUGGGGGCUGGAGACUGGCCAGGUUUUAGGACGGGUCAACCUGGUGUCAGGACAUGUGAAGACCCAGCUGAUUGCUCAUGACAAAGAGGUGUAUGACAUUGCCUUCAGCCGUGCAGGAGGUGGAAGAGAUAUGUUUGCCUCUGUGGGAGCAGAUGGAUCUGUCCGAAUGUUUGACCUCCGGCACCUGGAGCACAGCACCAUCAUUUAUGAAGACCCACAGCACCACCCGCUGCUCCGCCUCUGCUGGAACAAACAGGACCCCAACUACUUAGCUACAAUGGCCAUGGACGGCAUGGAGGUGGUAAUUCUGGAUGUACGCGUGCCUUGUACUCCGGUGGCUCGGCUGAACAACCAUCGUGCUUGUGUCAAUGGCAUCGCCUGGGCUCCUCACUCCUCCUGUCACAUCUGCACUGCAGCUGACGACCACCAGGCUCUGAUCUGGGACAUCCAGCAGAUGCCUCGGGCGAUCGAGGAUCCCAUCCUGGCCUACACCGCCGAAGGGGAGAUCAACAACGUGCAGUGGGCCUCCACGCAGCCUGACUGGAUCGCCAUCUGCUACAACAACUGCCUGGAGAUCCUACGUGUCUAAAACCCAUGAACACUUCACGAAAAAGAGACGGAGCGUUGUUUCAGAUCUGGACUUAUUUUCUUCAGUCCUCAUCCUUAGAGGAAAGUUGAGGUCACAAGUGAACUUCCUGAACGUGUUUGGAGUGCGACACCACCUGCUCCACAAUAACUUGGUUUACAUCUCUUCAUCUCUUCCCUCCAUUGUUCUUUAUUAAACGUGUUAGAGCUCUUAUUUAUUUUUGCUCACAUGGUAGUGUUUGUCCGCAUCUGCACCGCAGCUGUAAGAAGCAUAGAGCAGUUAUCUAUUCAAAUCUGAUUUUUAUACUCAGUGGUGUGAUUUCAGCCAGCUGUGAGAUUAUCAUGAAGGGUUUUGAUGUUGUGUGAUUCUUCUGUUUUAAUUGGUAAAGGCUGAUACAAAUGACUGUAUGUGGCAGAAGAUGACCUCUCUUAAUAUUAUGUAGUUUGUAGUCUUGUUUACCCCUGUGGUAAUAUAAAUCUCCAUCAGAAUGGUUUGUGUCCAGUUUGAUCGUAUGGAGGUUCAAACGAGUGACCUGUGCAUUUAUUUUGAUUGUAAAAUAAGCUGAGAGGGAUUCAUUUAGUCGCUACAGUGUUUGUCAUCAUACUGUGUUUUUAGUUCGCCUGAUGAUGCAGUGAGGCAGCCCUGUACAGCAACUUUCACCAACCUACCAGAGCAAUGUCUUCAGCGGUUUUAGCUCAAACUUACUCUUCUUCUUCUUCUUCAUUUGUAGAAAACUGUGCUCAGAAAGCUCUUUGUGUUAGAGUGAGUUGUGAAAUGGGAGUAGAAUGAAACAACUUUCUGACUGUGUCUGCGCCUUUUUUUUCUUUGUUUUCAAUUAUUAAAGGGUCAUGUCCUUGUAGCAUGCCAUUACAAGGCACACUGUACAUACAUAUAAAUAUAUCAACCUCAGAUGUUGGUAAGCCAAGUGUUCAUGUUGUAGCUUUUUCAUAAAGUUUAUUAUUGAAUUUGCUCAAAUAAAUUGUAUUCCUCCAUGUCUUAGGAACAAACUGGUCAGUGCAGUGUUGU